CACACUCCCCUUUUUAUCUAAUUCUCAGGUUGGACGUCGUCUUACAAAAAAGUAUACCCCCUCUUUUUUUAUAAGUUGUCGACAGUGAUGACGGCACGGUCACAACGAAACAGUCGCUUUGAUUGGCUGUUACCCUUUAGUGAGGGGCGGGACUUCGUCCUCUUCUCAACCAAUUAGAAUUAACAAACAUGACGAAGUACUCUUCCACGUAUCUUCUUUGUAAUCAUAAAAUGCAAUCACUGUCUCUUAACAAAUCAGACAGCCAAUCUAAUUUCAGAAAAAGGGCCAGAGAAGUACCACAUCGUGAAGAAAAGAAGAGAUAGACUUAAAGGAGCAUCAAAUCCCGAGCUGUGACAUCGGAAUCCAGGACAUUCUAAUUCAAGAUGACCAAUCUAUUACUCUGGAUGAUUUCUGUUACCACUAUUGCUACUGCUUCUGGUCUCACUAUUGAAGUAGACGGUCCGAUCAGUGGUCCGUGUUCUCUAUGUCCAGAAGGAGCUCCCGGUCCCCGUGGACCACCUGGAGACAUUGGCCUGCCGGGAAGAGACGGUCGUGAUGGGAGGGACGCUUCGUGUAAUAGCCAACUAUCAGGAAUGCCGAGUCCUGUAGAUCAAACGAAUGAUGGUAGCAGUGAAAACACGAGUGGUGGUAAUACAGUAAUCAAUGUCAAUAGUAGUGGAGCUGUGUAUAUAAGAUGGGGUAGAGAUGUUUGUGUUGAUGGAUCAGAACUGGUUUAUGCUGGUACUGCAGCAGGAGCUCACUACACACAUACAGGAAGUGGUUCUAACUAUCUAUGUAUGCCACCUGACCCAAUUUAUGAUGAACAUCAGUCUGGUGGACUUCGUGGUCUGCUGUACUCUGCCGAAUAUCAGACCAACACAGCCAUCGGUCGUCUCCAGGGUAUCCACGACCACACACCAAAAUGUGCAGUCUGUAGGGCGCCCUCAGGACGAUCUACCAAAUUGAUGAUCCCUGCGCGGAACGAGUGCCCUUCUGACGAGUGGCGCCUGGAGUAUAGUGGUUACCUCAUGUCAGAUCAUCAUGGCCACAAACGUACUGAGUUCGUUUGUUUCGACCAUGACAUGGAAGCAGAGCCUGGUACAGCUGGAAACGAAAAUGGGGCUCUCUUCUACAUGGUAACAGCAUUAUGUGUGGCCGGAAGUGGGCUUCCUUGUGGACCCUAUAUUGACGGUCAGGAACUCACUUGCGCUUUGUGUACGAUUUAGAAAUUGUUUAGAUCGAGUGAUAAUAUAGUGCGUACGUUGAAUUAUAUCUGUGUAGUGUAGCUCAUCUAUUGAAACAUGCAGUCGACAAAAGGAAUUCCCGAAGGAAUAUUUGUCAAUUCCUAGUAGCUAGUACUUUCGAAGUAGCUAGUACUUAGUCGCACCCACUGUUACUUUUUCCAGUGUGCCAUUGACAGACACUUUUCAGAAACCUUUAUUUUUUGGGGGUUUAGGUUUUAUAGCAUGUAUACAGCGAGGGAGAAUAUUGCCCACCCCUACCCCCUACUUCUUCAGUGUUCUCAAUGGCAAAUUUUAUGUCUUAUCUACACAUAAAGAUAAAUAUCCUCAUGCUUGGCCUUUUUGUUGCCUCGCACGAUUUUGUCGCAUACAAUGUUUUCUAAUUUCAUAAUUAUUAGUAGCUCACAUCAUGCCUUAAAAGAUUUUUUUGUCAUACAGUAAUGUAACCAAAUCAUUCAAAAAAUUAUUUCAGAUUUAGUUAUAGGAACCAUUAUUCAGUGACACGACAUGACAUUUGCUACGGUCUUAAUAUCUUAGAGGGAGUUAGGAUUGUAAUAGAGAAUUUGGUUCAGAAUAAUGUAAAGUUAAUACCUCGGUCUCAUUUGCUCUAUACUGGCGGCCGUACGGCAAGUCGAAAACAGAUGUAGAUUUUUGUACCAUGUAGCUCCAUAUUGGUGGUUUGAAUAAAAAUGAAUAAAAUGGCCGUUUUCGACUCACCGUAUGGCCGCCGUAGAGCAAAUGCGACCGAGGUACAAGGCUUCGGAUUUAUUUAGUAGGUUUUAUGUUUGGCAUUUCAUGCAGAUUUUCCAUGGGAAGGAUUGUCAUGGAACCCUAGAAUGGUGAACUGAAAGUUGACAGUCUAGACCCUACUCGAGGGUCAGACAAUGUCCGGUCAACAUUAUAGUUAAGUAAUAAUAUUGGUUGAAUUGUAUAUCCAUGCAUCUCACAACUCCUUGAGUGGUGACGGUAUACUAGUAGUAUAUAUAAUUAUGAUGAUCUGGGGAGGUUGCAUCAAAAUUGUCAGCACCGACAGGUUAUACCAGAGUAAUCGAUGGUAACCGUCAGACACCCUGUGCUUCGCAGCCAAUAAAAAACAUGGAAAGUUUCGUUAUGAGACGACAGAUAUUGAUGAAACACCCAGGUCUUCAAUGUCUUCAUGAUAGAAUCUCAGCAAUACAAACACUUUUCUUUGAAUAUUUUUCUGGUAGAGUAUUCUUCAGAACGAUUGGAAACCUAAUAUUCUAUUUUCUUUAUAAAUCAUUGUGGUUUAUUGAAAAGGACAAUAUACCAGAAAAAGGUGUGUAUGUUUUC